GGCCUGGAAAGGAAAACUUUCAGGCAAAAUCACCGCAGUCUUGUCCCAGCAAUUUAUACGUCGACAUGGGCUACAAGGCCAAUCCGAAGCGUUCUUCACUGGCGCCAUCUCUUCAGAAAAGAAGUCUACAUAAACCAGAAUCAUUCGAGCAAGCGCCACUUGCACCGCUUGCACUUGAUACUUUUGAAAUCAUGCAGGAAUUUAAGUAAAA